AUGCAGGGCUGGAGAACCAGUAUGGAGGAUGCGCACAUAGCCGUGUCCGGGCUUGGAGAGGAGCUGGAUGGUCUUUCCCUGUUCGGCGUCUUCGAUGGCCACGGUGGUGCCGAGGUGGCUGCCUUCUGCAAGCAGUACCUGCCCGACGAAGUCCGCAGGCAGUUGCGGAAGCGGCUGGCAGACGGAGCCAGGCUGUCUGGAGAUGUUCUCGGAGAGGCGCUCAUCAGCUCCUUUCACGCUAUGGACGAGAUGCUCCGGUCUCCGGAGCACGAGCGGCAGCUCCUGGCCCUGAAGCAGGCAGCCAGGCCGAGCGCGAAAGGAAUAGGGGGCGCUUCCUCGUCAUCCGGCUCCUCUGACUCAGGGUCAUCCUCUGGCUCAGACUCAGAGGCCGAGGAAAAGGAUGAUGGAAAGAAGCCUCGCGGUGUGCUGUCUUUGCUGUCCAACUCCAUCCAGUCUACGCUCGCACAGGCCAGAGACAAGGGCUCGCUGUCGAGGGAGGAAGCCAAGCAGGUGAUGAUGAAAAUGGCGCUUCUCAGGAGACUCGAAAGCAAAGCCCCAUCCCUCAGUGCAGAUCCGGCUGCUGCAGACAAUGUCGGGUGCACCGCAGUUUGUGUCCUGCUCAGUGACACGGAGAUCGUGUGUGCGAAUGCCGGCGACUCGCGGGCUGUCCUCUGUCGCGAGGGACAAGCUGUCGAACUCUCACAGGACCACAAGCCGAACGAAGCCAGGGAGCGGGAACGCAUCGAAGCUGCCGGUGGCCGCAUCGAGGAGAUCCCUGUGGGAGCUAGGGUUCACUACCGUGUCAACGGUAACCUGAACCUCUCACGUUCCAUCGGGGACCUCGAGUACAAGAAGCAGCCGACCAUGGGUCAUGAGCGACAGAUGAUCUGCUCCACGCCUGACAUCGUCAAGAUGCCGCUGAGCAAGGAGGACGAUUUCAUUGUCAUUGCAUGCGAUGGAGUGCUGCACCCAGCCACGAGUCGCUUGCAUCCUUCCCAUCGACCCUGA